CUGAUGUCGAAACGCCCCUUUACCUUCCCGCUGCUGCUGUCAGAACUGGGAAGGAUGACCAUCAUCGAGGAGCAUCGAUGAUGGGAGCCGCCGAGAGACUUGAUGAUGGGAAUGCUUCCGCCAUUGAAGGCCGCUCAGAGCUGGUGGAGGGCUUCGAGCAGUUCGAGGGCAACAUCCCAGAAUUCAUCAGCUACUUCCUGGACUCCGCGGGUCCCGGGAGGAGGAGCGGGCGACGGAUGCGGAUGCGGAGAGCCAGAGGAGGAGGAGGAGGAGGAGGUGGAGAAAGAGGAGAGAAGAGAGCCAGGCGGCCCCGGGGACCCAGAGGAGCUGGAGGGACGUUGGCGGAGAAAGUGGCCGCGGAGGAGAAGCAGACGGUGGGGAAGGUGGAGCGGCGCUUCCCCCUGAGGGAGGGCCGCUCGGUGCACGUCAUGUGGAGGGGGGUUGGAGGGGGCCGCGUGGGCACCUGGCUCCACCUGCCCCCCAGGAAGAGGUGCAGGGCCAGGGCCUACGCCAGGCAGAACAGCGCCCAGAGCCAGGGGAAGGCAGACAACUGUCAGGAGAAAACUCCCGCCAUUCGAAAGGCACGAGGGCGUCCGCCACGGAUACAGUCUCUCCCUGUGCACGCUCAUUCGAGCCUCCACGAAACGGACGCCGUGUACGAAGUCCUGGCUCAUGGGCCCCUAACCCCAACCAUGCUGCCCACCCUGCCCCUCCCGCCGGCCCAGUCCAGGUAUUACCUGGACCAGCUUCUGUUGGACCUGAACCAGCCAAGCGGUGCCGGAGGAGAACAGCUGGAGGACACACGCUGCUCACACACUCCCAUGCCUACAGACACUACAAGUCCCAGCAUGCCUUGCUCCGUUGGGAAGGCAGAGGAUGUUUGCCCUGUGGAGGAAGGGGAAAGGGGCAAUCGAGCUAAGGUGCAUGGCGAAGCGGAGGUGGUGGACAGCUUAAAGUGCCUGCUGAUGACCCUGGACGAGUCGCUGGACGUCAAGUCGUCGUUCACCGGCGUCAAAGAUCCACAAGAGGGCCCUCCACACUCCACUGAGUCUUUUGAGAACCUUCCCCAACAGGGUGGAUCCGAACCCCCUUUGUCUAAGGCCCGAAGGGGAUCGCGGAUCCCCAAAGCUUCCCGGCUCUACAGACGUUCAAAGGGGAAGCGCCCCGUCUUCCGUUCCGGGUGCAAGCCGUUCACGUGGAAGAGCGAAGUCAAGGGCAAGGACAAAGACAAGAAGAAAGCGCCAUCGCCGAAAGAACAACAGGAGAGCGUCCUGAAGGAGGAGAUGUUUGAGGAACGGAGGAUGACCAGAAACCAAGCGAAACGGAUAAGUGAAACCCCGUCCGCUGACCCCGCACCUGCUCCUGGAGAGAAAGGGCAACAGAACGAUGCUUCAGAGAACUUACCAGAACUUCCUGAACAACAACAACAACAACAACAGGGGGAGGAAGAGAAACAGGAGAAGGAACAGGAGAAGGUUGCUCUCUGCAAAACACUUCCGCGCGCCUCGGGGAAGAACAUGUCGUCGUUACUGCGGCACUGCGGAGAGAAAGAGCAACAGGACGAUGCUUCAGAGAACUUAAUAGAACAUCCUGAACGACAACAACAACAACAGCAGGAGGAAGAAGAGAAGCAGGAGAGGGAACAGGAGAAGGUUGCUCUCUGCAAGACUCAGCCGCGCGCCUCGGGGAAGAACAUGUCGUUACUGCGGCAGAAGUUACUGGGGAAGAAGAGAAAGGGGGAAGAGGCGGCGGCGGCGGAGGAGAGUCCGAGUCGGAGCGCCGCAGAGGCACCUCCGAGCCCGAGCCCAAGCCCGAGGAAACGGCCCAGGCGGUUGGUGGCUCUCCAGAGCCCGUCGGCGAUCGCAACACAGGGAAGAGAGUGACCCAAGACAGCAGGUACAGCUGGAGCCAGGGCCGGAUUAAGAUGACCUGGGGCCCCUAGGCUACAAGUUGCUGUGGGGCCCCCGCAUGGCAAAUUUCAAGACAGAUAUACAUAGAUAGUGUCAUAAUUACAAGGUAGGAAUUAUUAUGAUAACAUGUCUACUAACUGUAUUCAACACUACAGAUUCGGUUUCCAGCAUUGUAUCUUGUCACAAUUCUGCCAUUUUUCACUUUUGGCCAAUCAGGGGGACACCUGGCAGAUGGGGGCCCCUAGGCUGCAGCCAUGUCUGUCCUGUGCACUAAUCCGGGCUUGGCUGGAGCGACCUGAAACUCACUGUCUGACAGCGCACAGUUAGAUUGUGCCGUCGAGUGAAAUAAUUGAGUUUGAACUUUUUCCUGUUUUUCCAGCCAUUUUCUCAGUCUGGCGAUGUUGCUCCGCGUUCCAAGCUAGCAUGAUAUCAGCUGGACUCAUUUGGUUCAAUGAUAACGUAGGUUUGAGGUACCGUUCACGUGGCAUUGCCCGAAUCAGAGACCGACUGUCAGACCUGGAGAAAAGUUUGAUUACUCAAUUAUUUCACUCCAGGGGAGGUGGGACAUGAGCAAAUGUCCAGGAAUUGUGGAUUGUCACUUUAAUACCAACCAAUGGGGAUAGCUGGACAAUCAGCACUGUUUGACGUAGAAAUGACGUUGUGCAGCACACAGAAGAGAGAAAGCCUUAAGGAGACGCACCACCAGACUCUACAGGUGGGUCAGUAAAGUUUGUCAGGUAUCUUAACAAGUUUACUGUUUCUUUUUUUAUCAUUGUUUUUACCUGUCGGUAAGUUCAGUAUCAGUUCAAGUCUGUUGCUGUCUUCUUGUUUGUUUGUUUUUUACAGCAUAAUAUUCAGUGUUCUGUUAAAAUAAGUAAGUUCCGUUUGAGAGUGGUCCGUAUACCUUGAAAUCCUGCUGUUUCAUUUGCGAAACACCGUAGCAUUUCAAGUCUAUGUACUUCUCUCUCCCGGAAACUUGAAUCAGACUUUGUUGACACAAUAUGUGCGCAAUUUUAUGUAUGUUUUUCAUUUUAACUGUUAAAAUAAUUAAAAAACAAUUCUUUUCAUACACA